AUGCAAUACUCGACUUUCAUUCAGCCAGUCCUUUUCGUCCUCUGUGUGGUCAGCUGUCCCACCUGGGGGUCCGCAAUCCCAGCGACAAGUGAAGUCAGCAAUGGUAUCGCCUCCAUUGGCAAUACCGUCAACGAUGAGUUUCUUCCAUACCUCAUCGAAGAACCGCACAUUGGUGAACAAUCAAGCUUAGGGUCAACUCCCUCAAAUCUGCAGUCAGGGUCAUCUCUCGUCAAACGACACUUCAUGGCUCCAGCCUGCCGGAAGGCUCCUAGCGGCUAUGGACAUAAAGAUGUGGUUCUCAAAUAUGGUGUCCCUGCUUUGAAUUUUGAUGGAAAUAAAGAUUUGGUUGUCCCACCGAAAUUCAACUGUGGAAUAGCAUGGUGUCGCAACUACAAAACCCACAAAACUGCAAUCAUCGUUUGUGCCAAGCCCGGUUUUAAAAUCAAACGUGCAAGGGUUGCCGGCGCCGCAGCAAAACUCGCCAAUAGCUGCAGCUACGAUAAAUGGAGGGUGAAUGGCAUCCUGAAGGAUACUACCGGUUAUGACAUUCGGGUUAGUGGAGCCGGCUGCAACUAG